GAAAAUAGCCUCUAACCAAUGGUAUAUUUCGUGGCAAUCCAUUGUUGGCCGCCAUUUUACUUGUUAAUGUGGAUUAAAAUUGUUGAAUUAUUUUUGCAUAGAAUAAGUACUUAAACCAUAUUUUUACCUGUGUCAUUGGUGAAGUUUUAGCCAAACGGGCUCGGCACAACCUCCAUCGGUUUCGUUUGGUGAAGGACGCCACCCAUUACAAGGUCAUGGCCGAAACGACGCGAUUCCCUUCAACAUGCAAGUCUAUGUUACGGGAUAGUCAUGAGACUUUCACUUUCCUGAUUGCAGUCGUUCGUUGCCACAACACUAUUCAGUAUGAAUUCUCUAACUGAUGUAAGUAUUUCCCCAGCUCUCCUGCAAGCUAUAUCGCAGACCUUGACAUCGAAGGAGGGAGGAAACCAGUCUUCACAACGAAACACUAACAUGCAUCCUCGAAUAAAGAUUAAACAGGAGAUUAUCGAAUCUAGGAAUUCGUCAUUGUCUGAAGAAAAUAAAACUGACAGUGCAGAGAGUGAAACGAAUGCUGGCAUUGUGAACAUUUUACAGGGUAUGCAGAGAUCAUCCAAUACUACUGAAGAAAUAAGCCAAUCCUCUCAAUAUCUGAGUCCAGAGGAUAUUAAACAUAUGUUGAAGUGGAAAAUAAAUCAACAAAAUGUACAAAAACCAGAUGGACAAAGUGAGGACAAUUUGGUUGGAAACUAUGGGAAUGGUGAACAGGAGACCAUGGUGAAUGUGCUAACUUCUCUUGCCAUACAACAAGCCAAGAGCUUGUCGAUGGUGUCCAAAGGUUCUAAUAGUGCUGACUUACGAUUGGCUGAAAAUGUUACCAUAUCACCAUCGCAAGAGGAGGUUGUCGCAGGUCAUGGGACUCUGAUGAUUGAGUCAGCCGGCCAGACGUUUUAUGUUCGGACCUCCACUCAAAGUUCCCUACCGGAGAGUGUCCCUUCGAAUACUAGCGAGCCUCAGUUACAAUUUUCCACCUCAGUAUCAUCCUCGGGAGAUAUGUCUAGCCAAGAAAGUAUGCAAUCAGAAAUGGAUGUUUCGUGUAUUCCAGAGACGGCCAUGUCUCAGAGUGAUGAGAAUAGUAUGUCCAAUGAUGGCUUCCAGCCCUGUCCUGUGUGUGGAGAUAGUGUGUCAGGUUAUCAUUAUGGAAUUUUCACUUGUGAAAGUUGUAAAGGAUUCUUCAAAAGAACUGUUCAAAACAAUAAAACAUUCACUUGUCAUCGAAACGGGGAUUGUGAAAUCAGUCGAGGAAACCGCAAGAAAUGUCCCUGCUGUCGAUUUGCCAAAUGUGUUCUCAUGGGCAUGAAGACCCAAGCGGUUCGACUUGAUCGUACAAGAGGAGGACGUAGUAGUUACGAUGGCUGCUCUCCUAGAAAUCGACCCAAAAUACCAGUCCCCAUCAAAAAACCGAAAACCAAGAGGCCACAGUCUGCGAGAAACGUUUCGUUGGAGGACAUUAAUGUGACUUUGCCGACUGGGGAAGAUGUCUCAGGAAGCCAGUUAAUGGCCAUUUUGAAUAAAUCAGGAAAAGCCCUCCUCCAUGGCAUGGUAAAACCAGUUGUGCCCCAGAUCUUGUCUGACAUUAUGGGAAUGGAGUCUCUAUUGUGUGACGAUGAAGCAGAAACAGACUUUCCUAUGGAGAAAAUCUCAGACACGGAUCCGAAUGUGAUUAUGUCUAUGCUGCAGUUGGCAGAAUUAAAACUUUACAAGCUUGUUCGCUGGGCUCGCAAUUUACCACAGUUUAGUUCUAUUGCAACAGAUGACCAAAUCUUGCUGUUGCAGAACUCUUGGUGUGAAAUUCUGACACUGAAUUGUUGCUUCAAGUCCAUGAAUAGCCCUUCAGAAAUUCAGCUUCCGUUUGGGAAAAGCAUUGAUCUGGAGAAGGCUGUUAGCAUUGGUCAUGGUGUAGAUGACAUCAUCAGUAGGAUGUUGUCCAUUUCAGAACAUCUCGGCCGACUUCAAGUGGACCAACAUGAAUUCGUUGCACUAAAAGUUAUUAUUUUAAUAUCACCAGACAUAAAGGGAAUGAAAGACCCGAGUAGAGUUGUGGAACACCAGGAUGUCAUUAUAGAAGCCUUACGGCAGUACACUGAAAGCCACUACCCACAGAUGCCCAGUAAAUACGGUCAGUUACUGAUGAGGCUGACAGAACUGGCCAAAAUCAGCAUGCUGACCAAGGAGGCCCUGAACUCUAUUGUGCCGCCCAGUCUGCAGUCAUGCGGUCUUCUGUUUGAGCUCUUAAAGGGAGACACUGGCAAAGAAGACACUUAGAUCUAAAUCAAAAGUUGAGAUGCAAUAGUGUGGAAGUGUCGUGCUCAUGUGAACUGGUGUUGUAAUUGGAGGUUCUUUUAUAAAGGAUUUUAUUCUGCAUUAUGGUUAUCUUUUAAAGAAAAGCACUUAAUCUGAAAGUAUGGAGUGGGGAAAAAAACUAUUUAAUAGUACUCUUCAGUCACGCUGUAAUUAUAGAGUCUAAACAGCCUAACUAUAAAGUCUGCAGAAGAGAAGACUUUCCACUGCUCACAGUAUGUAGGGUCAGUACUUCUAAAGAUAUGUUCAUGUUAGUUUCCCUCAUUUUCUUCUUUUUAUAUUGAUGCAUCAAUUUCAUUUUGAUCAUGUGAUGUUCAUUUUUAAGUAUCACUUUCACAUUUUUUAAUGGUGUAAUGAUUUUAUAUGCAUAAAAAUCAGGAGGUGUGAAUAGUGUAAUGGUUGUGUAUUGAUGAUUAAGGCAUUGGUUAAGAAUGAAAUUUUUUUCCACUGUCAAAACCCCUUGAUGAUGAAAUGUUAAUAAUUUUACAUUUACUUGCAUAGCUAUGAAUUGAAAUAUUUCAAUUGCUGAAGGAAAACAAAAUUGUAUUGGAAAUCUUGUUGGUAUCGAGCUGUAUUGUUUACAACAUGGGGCAGAAUUAUCUUACAUGAUCAACAAACUUUUAUUGCAUCAACACAGGUUAUCUGCCCUUUAUGAUAUUCAUCGGAUUAAAAUGCCCAAUAGAUUUUUGUUUAAGAGAUACGUAAGCAUGUUAUCUAAUAUGAAGACUAUUAGACCAAGAAUGAAACUAGUUGGAAUUAUAUAAUGUUACACUCGUGGCGUAUCUUUUCCAUUGACAACCUCUGUAAAAUGUGCUAAUCUAAGAGAGUUUAUAAUGAAAUAUAGUCACUACAUCUUGAUACCCUGCUUAUAAACAGAUGUGUCUAACUGUACGGUAGAUCAUUGUCAGAGAAAGGAGAGUAAAACACAUGUAUAGAGAAAAUAGUGUUUUGAAAUUGUGGUUUUUAAUGGGUAUUGUCUAAGCAAUAGAUAGUGUCCUUAAACCUUUAAUGUCAUAUGGUAAUCAGAAUAGAUUAAGAACAUUGUGCCAAAUAUUUUCACAUCCAUGAUUUUAGUACCUGAAUAAUUAUAAUUUUCAGCCAGAGAGGAUUUAUAAUUUUGUAUUGUCAGUUGGGAUAGAUUUUACAUGGACGAUUUUAAACCUGAGAGUAUGAAUAUGUAAACUGGAAUAGAAAAUACAGAGGGGAUUUUAUUUCUGAAUAAGUCAAGAUUUGUGAUGAGGUGUAACAAUUGAUACUUAUUACAUGGAUCAUCUAUUUUGUAUUGAGAUUCAAAAUUCUUAAAAAGAUGCAUGCAUAUAAACUCGAUAUCACUGGCUUCUAUAAACUUAAUCCUGGGUAGCGGUACAAUACCAUUAUUUUGGUUUGAUGUGAAUCAUUGAAUUUUUACACUUGUUGUUGAAUUAGUUAAAGUGUUCCGCCUUAGAUUUUGAUUUUUAGUAGUGUCAGGUAGAUACUGUACAUUUUUCUCUUUUAAGAUUUGAAUUGAAGAUGUAAUGGUGUUCAAGCAAGCUUCAGAUUGUAUGUAUUUUUUUAUGACGUGUUGCGGCAGAUGACUCCUCGGUGUCAUUGUAUUAAGAAUUUCUCACAAGAUAUGGACAUACGGCAAAUUACAAAAUCACAGCGAAAUUUGGGGGUGGGGGGGUGGGGGGGCGUGUUGUUAUUCAGUACGUAACGACCGUUCUCCACUAAAACCAUUGGUGUAUUUACCACUUGCGUUGUCAAAAUAAUCGUGUCUGUGAAUAAAGCACGAGUAUUGGUGUCACAAAAUGACCUGGAAUGUUUAAUAUUAUUCCCAUUAGAUAUUGUAAAAGAAAUAUUGACAGCAUUUUCAGGUUGGGGUUGGUGAAAAUCAAGAACACCAUUUCUCACAAUGGGUUUUUCAAUUGAGCAGACACAAUGUAUACAUUAUGAUAAGGAACAUCUUCACAAGUCGAGGGUUAUUGAUUCGUAACUCUUGACUUGUGAAGAUGGAUAAGUAAAGCAACUAUUUUACCAUUAAGAAACCAAGCCUGAUGCUGAGACGCAACCAUCAGGAAAGGGAGAUAACUAAUAUGUAGUAACUAAGAUACACCGUGUAUGUGACAAAAAUAGCAAAGGUUUCUGGGGGCAUUUGUGUGUAUUUUCAUGAAGAAUUCCAUAAAGUUGAAUGUUUUCAGAUUGUAUAUUCAAGUGUUAUGGAUGACACCUGUAUCUAGAUAUUAGAAUUGAUCAUUUAUUCUCGAAUUGUAAAUUCAUUUUGUACAGUUGUUUUAAUUUGAACCUGAUUUAUAACAGCGAAUAAAAUGUUCCUAUACUUUAUGUAAA